CGCAGUUCUACAAUAUGCGGGUUUGGUGGCGUAUGCAGACGUUAUUUCUUGAUUUGGGCCCUUUUAAUUUCUCUCUUUCUAUCUCUUAAAAUUUGACGUGCUUUCUGCUUCCACUCUCUCUAGACGCUCGCCUCGACCUGCAUCUUUUUAGUGUUCAAAUCCAUUUGCAUCCUCUCUCUCUCAAAUGGCAAAUCUCGACUUGCUUCUGUUCAAACCCAAAACGUGCCUUUCUUCAAACACAUGGUGUGGCCUAAGAAGAAUAACUCUGACAGACUCCAACACCAGAACCCCAAAUCCUCUCUCUCGAAAUCAUCUUCUUUCUCUCAUUCCCUCCUCUCUCGACUCUCGGAGACAAUCCAAAGCUCCGUCUAUAACCUGCACAUACAAAACCCAACUUUGCAACUGUAGCCCAAUCCCAUUUCCUUCUCACUCCACAGGCCUCACCGUCUGUUUCUCCCUCCAAGCCCCCACAAAACCAUUACUGAAAAACUUGCAGAGAAAUCUUCAAGUUUCAGCUGGUCGAAGCAAGAAGAAACCUGGUGGUCCAUCAACUGGUCGUAUAGAGGGAAAUGCAGAGGUCCGAAGAGAAGCAAGAAAAGCAUCAAGAAGAAGAGCAAGGAGAACGGUUGAUAAACUCUUCUUUAGAAAGAAGAAUAGCUCUGGUAAAAACUCGGCUGAUGAUUUCACUGAGGAAGAGCUCGAGAUGAUAGGCUUGGGCUAUGAUAGGAUGGUUCGCUUCAUGGACAAAGAUGACCCCAAUUUGCGCCACCCUUAUGACUGGUACAAAUAUGGAGAAUUUGGGCCCUUUUCAUGGCGAGGCGUAGUGAUUGGAGAACCAAUUCGAGGUAGAUUCUCUGAUGAGAGAGUGAGCAUGUUUGGCUCUGUAAAAGACCAUGAAGAGUGGGAGAAGAUUGAACAGUUUGACAUGGCUACAGAAUAUUCGAGGCGCCUUGGCACCAUGAAUAAAGAAGUUGGGUUCAAAUAUUUUUGGGUUUUUGUUAGACAUCCAAGAUGGAAAUUGGAAGAGCUUCCAUGGAAACAAUGGACUCUGGUUUGUGAAGUGGUGGUUGAAUCAGGGGAGAAGAAGCUUGAUAAAUGGAAGCUUAUGGGGAGGUUUGGGAACACUGUUAGAGCCUUGAUCACGAAAUGCGCAGCUUGGAUGAGGCCCGAUAUAAUCUAUGUUAAGAGGCCUGUGUACCAGUGUAGAUUUGAGCCUCAAGAAGAUUUCUUUAAGUGUUUGUGGCCUCUUCUAGACCCUGAGUCUGAGAAGGAAUACUUAUUUGAGGCCAAAGUUGGAGAGGGAAAGACUGAGAUUUGUACUUAUUUUGGGGGCCUUUGCAAAAUAGUGAGAGCAAAUCCAAAGGCUUUUGUUGAUGAUGUUGUGAAAGCUUAUGAGAAGCUUACUGAUGAAAGGAAAUCAGAUUGUUGGGACUUCUUGCUUUCAAACCAUCCCGUGCCUCUUCUUCAUCCUUAUACACGCGAAUGGAAGGCCAAGCUCAAAGCCAUGGGAACCGGUUACUAUGAUGAAGAUCAGAUUUCUAGUGAUGAAGAUGAAGUGAGGGAAACCAGGAAUUGGGGUGAGUAUGAAGAAGAGGAUGAAGAAGAUGAAGAGGGAGAAACAAGGAAUUGGAGCGAUUAUGAUGAAGAGGACGACAAAGAUGAAGAGGGAGAGACAAGGAAUUGGGGUGACCAUGAAGAUGACAAGGAUGAAGACAAAGUGGUCGAAGGAGAUGUGGAAUUGGGGAUCAGAGAAGAAGAAGCUAGGACCGAGGAGAUCGAGAGGUAUUGGGAGGAAGAGUUUGAGAAGGCGGUGAGGAGCUCGGAAGCCAUGGAGAACCUCGUUAGGAGGAGUGUUGAGGCUUCUACUGAGCUUUACAAGAGGCAAUUGAGAGCUAGGAAUCAGAUGAAGAAGGAAACAGAGGAGCUUGGUCAAGAAGAAGAGAGGAUUAGACCCAAGCCUAGUAGAGAGGAGUGGGAGCAUAUAGGGUAUGAUACUAGGAGGAUAAGGAAGAGGAAGAUACCACCUGAGCUGUUUCUUAGAGCUGCAGUGAGGCCAUUUACUUACAGGAAUUUGUUGAAAGAGAUUGUUUUGAUGAGGCACGCCAUUGUAGAGCAGAGAAUGGAGGGCAAGAUUUGAUUAAUCAGAGCUUUCAGCUUGGGGAAACAGAUCUGGAACUUUGAGAUUUCAUGAGGCAUCUUUGUUUGCUUUGCUUAAGGGGCAAGUGAAAUUAUCAAAGCUUACAUCUUUGAUCCAGUGUCGGUUUAAGUUGGAAGAGUUGCAGAAAGGCAACCUACAAGAAAGAUUUGCAGAAUGACAAGAUUACUAGAAGUUAAAUCGUCCUGUUUCUAUGCCUUGACUUCAUUUGAUCGUUCAAACUAUUAACCUUUUAUAUCACAACUCACUGAGGUUUGAAAUCUCAGUUAUAAAAGAUUGAAGAGGUUUGCUGGGAAGCAUUGUGGAGAAAGUUUAUUGUGUUUUGCAUUACACAGAGCAUUAAACAUGCAUUAGAAUGAUGGGGAGGUUGGUGUUUGUAAGCAUAAUAUGGGUCAUUAACUUCUGUUAGUAAUUAAAAACUCGCUGGUCUGACUCGGGAAUUGCCCGUGA